AUGGCACUCGCCUCCGACCCCAAGUCGGUCAUCCGACUCCUGACGUAUGCCCUCGUCUUCAUGACCGCCGUCAACGUCGUCUUUCUGGGCAUCAUAGUCAACGUCUUCGACAAGCUCGUGCCCCCGCCCCGCGUCUACUCGUACAUCGGGGACGACUUCCCCUCGCAGCUGCCCGUCAAGCUCCCCAGCGUCGGCCUCGCGCUCAACAACCCCGCGCCGCACUUCUCGCUCCUGUCCGACGAGGAGUGGGGCGCGCAGUACCCCGGGGAGACCGUGGGCUUCACCGACCUCGGGCCCAUGAACCGCACGUUCUUCCCGUCGAUGCUGCACCAGAUGCACUGCCUCGACGUCAUCCGCGUCGGGAUGGCCACGAACCGCACGGGCUUCGCGCGCCACGUCGAGCACUGCACGCGCUACCUCCGCCAGAUCGUGCUCUGCAACUCGGACGUCACGCUCGAGCCCGCGUACCGGGAGGAGAAGGACGGGGACUGGAUGUGGGCCGCGGACGGGAUCAACUCGAUCCACCGGUGCAAGGACUGGACGGUGGUGCGCAAGUAUUUGGAGGAGCAUCCCGCGAAGAGCCCGGUGCCGCCGGCGGACGGGAAGAUCAACCCGGACGAGACGUAUGAGCACGUCGUGAAGCUGAAGGGGGGGAUGUGA